AAUCUCACGUUGCUCUCCUACCAUCACCGAUAUUCACAACCAUGCCUGGUACUACACCCGCAUUCCGGCUGAACGACGGUGAAGAAAUCCCUGCCAUCGGUAUAGGAUGCUGGAUGGGGUAUGUCGGUGGUAACAACGAAGUGGUCGAGAUGGUCGAACAUGCGCUGAAAGUUGGCUACCGCCACAUUGAUACCGCUUUCAAUUAUGGUAAUGAGGCGCAAGUUGGACAAGCUAUCCGAAACUCCAAUAUCCCACGUCACGAACUUUUCGUAACGACAAAAUUGGCCGGCGAAUAUCAUGGGGCGGUGCAGGAAGGACUUCAGAAAAGCCUAGAUAAUCUUGGCCUCGACUACAUCGAUCUAUUCUUGAUGCAUUGGCCUCAAGCUCUAACCCUUGACGGUGAGGCUCUGCAGCCCGACGAGAAUCCUACUUUCGUCGAUACAUGGAGAGAGAUGGAGAAACUGGUAGCUACAGGGCAGGUUAAGAGCAUCGGUGUUUCCAACUUCAGUGUGAAGACCUUGGAAAUUUUGUUGCCCUAUGCGAGCAUCGUACCUGCGGUGAACCAGGUGGAGAUGCAUCCGUUACUGCCUCAGCUCGAACUUUUGGAGUAUUGCAGGAAGAUGACAAUACUCCUUACCGCAUAUUCACCCCUCGGAAAGCAUAAGCCUAUGCUGGUUCAGCAUCCCGCAGUUGUAGACAUUGUAACAAGACGAAGGUGCAGCGCAGCCCAAGUGCUUCUCGGAUGGAUCAUCAGUAAAGGUGUCGUCGCAAUCCCUAAGAGUGCGGAUAAGAAACGCAUUGAAGCGAACCUUUCGUUCGUGCACUUGUCUCCUGAGGAAGUCGCUGCUCUUGAUGAGAUCCACAAAGCUGAGGGUAUGCAUCGCAGCGUCUGUGGGUUCCAUGGUAAAGGCGGGAUCUGUUUUGGGUGGACGUAUGAGCAGCUUGGGUGGCCGAUGAAAGAAGGCGGUGUUAUAUGGUAGUGUGAUUUUUCCAGCCUUUGGCUAUCGCUCAUGGAAGUAUUUUUUGUACCGCCUUUUCACCAAUGGAAUUGCAAAAUGUAGAUAAUACACUUGACCAUCGUGGUGAGUCUGCUAUUCGCGCCCC